AUGGCGUCCGUCGACUUGGAAAAAGUACGCGUGGUUGUCGUAGGGGAUUCAGGUGUAGGCAAGUCAUCUCUAGUUACUUUGAUCUGUCGUGGACAGCCAAAUCUAUACCCCAGUUGGACAAUAGGAGCAGCUGUUGACGUUAAGAUUCACGAGUACAAGGAAGGGACGCCGGCGCAAAAGAGUUAUUUUGUUGAGUGUUGGGACAUUGGAGGAUCAGUGAAUCAUGCAAACAGUAGACAUAUAUUCUACAACCCUGUAAAUGGUAUUAUUCUAGUGCACGACCUUACAAAUAGGAAAUCUCACUCCAACCUACGGUUAUGGCUAAGUGAAGUAUUAAGCAGGGAGUCGACGUAUGGCACAAGAAGUCGGACAAGUACAAGUGAGUACGACCCAGAGCAGUUUGCAGGCACUCGCAUUCCAGUUUUAGUAGUAGGCACAAAACAUGAUCAACUAGACUCAACAAGACAAACCAAGCUACAAACGUCUGUCAUUGCUGAGGAGUGUGGUGCUGAUGAAAUUAACCUUGACUGCACCCUAGCAAGACACGUAGCUCCAGGAUCCACCAACGCAGUUAAACUCAGCAGGUUCUUCGACAAGGUGAUAUAUCGACGCUUCUACACUAACCCUGCUAGGGACUCACCACAGAAGGUGAUCGAGAGACGUUUCUUCUCAAGGGAUUCUAGUCAGCAACCAGUUGGUAGUCCCACAGAGAAACGGCGACCCUUCACUCCACAAUUCAUGAAAAACCUUCACACAGACUGACAUCUUCUCUGUGAAAGAACCCUCUCUGCCAUCCAGCUAGAUGAUGGUCACUUGACAAUGACCUCCAUGGGACAGUAACUCAAGUACCAACCUCAGUCCCAUGGGUGAUCGAUCUCGCCGCGCCAUUUUCUCCCAGCAUGACUGGCUCGCUCACGCUGAUCACAUACUGUGGGACGUCUUUGGAACCUCAUCAUCAAAAUCCUUGCUGCUGAGGAACAGUUUCAUCUCAAGAUUGGAAGACAAAACAACAAUGCAAUACAAUAAUGAUAAACAAGAUUAUUUAUACCUCAUCGGUUGUGUAUUUCACUACAUAGGAGGAUUUGAACUGCAAAUCAGAGCAAAGAGAAUGAAGUGGUUGUGGGUUGAACCAGACAAUUAACAAUGUAAUGCUAUUGCAAAGAUGACAGUCUUCCUGAUCAAUUCUGCUCAGCAGAUGACUUUGCAGGGCUGAGCAUACAAUAUGUUUUUGUUAUGCAUUUAAGGCAGUGGGCACUAUUGGUAAUUACUAAAAAUAAUUAUUAGCAUAAAACC